GACCAAGUUCUAGUAGUAGACUACAGCUAAUCCCGACCAUACCCCACCCCAAACUCACACAUGCGCCCGGUCCAUAUAUGUUAUGGUGCAUCCCCAAUCCCCUCCCUCCCACAAUACCCAUUACCUUACCCCGCUCUGCUUCUUUACACCUUUCCGCUCUCUAUAAUCACCCUCCUCUUCAACCUUCUUUCUUCACCCAAACGCUGCAUAACUUCACUACCAACCCACAUUACUUUCUUUUCUUUUUUUCUUUUUUUUUGUAUUUUGAAUUUUUUAGCCGACAGUGAUGGAAUACGGCAGGCUCGGAAAACCCGAGCCUUGUGGUGGCUCCUCAACCCGCAGCCUUACCGCUGACCCCACCCGCGCUCCCAGAAAAUCUAAACUCAAGCUACUCCUCCUCCUCGCUGCCACACUCAUCGUCGCCUCCGCCGUCGCCGCCACCCUCCUUGUCGUGAUCCGGAACAGGGCUGAUUCAGCCGCCGGACCCAGGCUGCAUAACCGGCGUCCGUCUCAAGCCAUGUCCAAAGCUUGCAGUCGGACUAGGUACCCCACGCUCUGCGUCAACUCGCUCCUCGACUUCCCUGGUGCCCUCACCGCCUCCGACAAGGACCUCGUCCACAUUUCCGUUAACAUGACUCUCCAGAAAUUCGGCCGAGCGCUGUAUUCCGCUUCCGAGAUCAGCAAUCUUAAUAUGGAUCCUCGCGUCAGGUCGGCGUACGAGGACUGCCUCGAGCUCCUUGAGGAUUCCGUGGAUCUCCUCUCACGCUCGCUCACCUCCGUCGCCUCAGGAGGCGGCGCAGGCGGUUCGACUCAGGACGUGUUAACCUGGCUCAGUGCCUCGUUAACGAACCAGGACACCUGCACUGAUGGCUUCGAUGAAUUAAACGGCUACGUCAAGAGUCAAAUGUCGGACAGGUUAAAGGACUUAUCAGAGCUCGUGAGCAAUUGUCUCGCGAUAUACGCCGCCGCCGGAGGCGACGAGGAUUUCUCUGGUAUUCCGAUACAGAACCGGAGGCGGCGGUUACUGAGUAAUGAUAAGGAGAACAAGCACUUUCCGGUAUGGUUGUCUCGUAGAGACAGAAAGCUGCUGGAUAUGCCGGUGUCGGCGAUCAAUGCCGAUAUAAUCGUGUCUCAGGACGGCAACGGCACGUGCAAAACGAUCACGGAGGCGAUCAAGAAGGCGCCGGAGCACAGUAAUCGGCGAUUUAUUAUCUACGUGAGGGCAGGAAAGUAUGAGGAGAAAAUCUUGAAGGUGGGUAGGAAAAAGACUAAUAUAAUGUUCAUUGGAGACGGCAAGGGCAAAACAGUCAUUGCAGGUGGAAAAAGUGUCCAAGAUAACAUGACAACAUUCCACACUGCGUCUUUCGCUGCUACUGGUGCUGGUUUCAUUGCAAGGGACAUGACAUUUGAAAACUGGGCCGGACCAAGCAAGCAUCAAGCUGUGGCCCUCCGUAUUGGGGCCGAUCACGCGGUGAUCUAUCGAUGCAACAUCAUUGGAUAUCAAGAUACAUUAUACACGCACUCACAAAGACAAUUCUACCGCGAGUGUGACAUAUAUGGCACAGUAGACUUCAUAUUCGGCAAUGCUGCAGUCGUAUUCCAAAAUUGUAGCAUUCAUGCCAGAAAGCCCUUGCCAUUUCAGAAGAACACCAUAACAGCACAAAAUCGCAAGGACCCUAAUCAGAACACUGGUAUUUCGAUCCACGCUUGUAGGAUAGUAGCGGAAUCCGACCUUGAGGCAAACAAAACCGCCUACCCAACAUACUUAGGACGGCCAUGGAAGUUGUACUCUCGAACGGUUUACAUGCUUUCCUAUAUGGGUGACCACAUUCACCCUAGGGGUUGGCUAGAGUGGAAUGCCACAUUUGCACUAGACACAUUGUACUAUGGGGAGUACAUGAACUAUGGACCCGGUGGGGCAAUAGGGCAGCGCGUAAAAUGGCCUGGCUAUCGUGUGAUCACAUCCACAGAUGAGGCUAGCAAGUUCACGGUGGCGCAAUUCAUUUACGGGUCAUCAUGGUUGCCGUCUACCGG